AUGCUGCCCUCAUCCAUGCGCCGUGUCGUCGCUGCGACGCCUCACUCACCCGCCGUUUCCUCCCUAGCCUCGUCCGUUCCGCGUGCCGCUGCCUCGUACAGCCUACCGUAUAGAUCGACCGGCUUUCAACAGCGCCGUUACUCCUCCUCGAAACCCUCCAGCCCGGACGAUGGCUCCAAAGAUUUCGCCGCUCGGCCUGUCCCCGCGUCACGAGGGUCCAAGACAGAAAAGACCAAGGGGCAAGCAAAGGCGGCGGCUCCGCAACCGCCCAGCGUCCCUAGUACAAGGCAUAUCGGGGAUGAAGGCCUCGCCCUCUCCACCUUUUUCGCCCUGCACCGACCCAUCUCGGUAACGCAGCUCAUGCCGAAAUCCGUGUCCGACGAUACCUUUGCCCGGAUAUUCGCCUCGCGGAGCCGAAACAACAAAGUGGCCGACGUCCUCUCGACGCUGUCACAAACGGUAUCUGACCUGGAGGAGCCCCUGUCGAAACUGAACAUUGCCAACGGAGACAAGCAGCGGUCACAAGCGGCCCAAGACACGGAGGAGGGGGGCGAGAAGCUCAGCCUGAAGCAUACGGACGGCUCCGAGACCCACCUGCACAUCCAACUCAACCCCAUGGCCGGCCAAUACCUCCCCUACGCCGCGCCCCCGGCUCCCCAACCUGAAACCGAAGUCGACGCCGAGUCGGCCAACAGCGCCAUCGCCGAGGAGCUCGCGGAGCAGCAGGACACACAAACGCGCGUGUACAAGGCCAUGGUGACCAUCGAGGAGACGGUCGACUCCAACGGGCAGCUCCAGGUGGUGGCACACACCCCGGAGCUGGUCGAGGAGGGCGCCGGGCGGCCGCGGUCUUUCCUGGAGCGCAUGGCGUGGCGCCAGUUGCGGUACGAUGAGGCGCGCCGCCACCAGGACCGCACCAUGCAGGCCAUCAGCGUGCGCCGGCAGCGCAAGCUGCGCAUGAAGAAGAAGAAGUACAAGAAGCUGAUGAAGAGGACGCGGAACCUGCGACGGAAGCUGGAUCGCUUGUAA